AUGAAAGAUCCUUUGUUUCUGUUUUCUUUUUUUUUCUUCCGUUCCUUCAUUUUUUUGGUCGUCUUCUUUAUUUUUGGCGUCUUUUUUUGUAGAUAUUCUCUUUCUUCGUCUCUUCAUAAUCUUUUCUUCUUUUUCUUCUUUCAUUUUUCCCUUCUUCCCCGUUUUUCUCCGAAGUCUUUUUGCCUUCUCUGUUUUUACUUCUCCAGCCUCUACCUUAAUACGUUAGUUCAUUUCUUCCAUUUUCUAUUUAUUCUUCUUCUAUUUGUUUUCUUUUCUAAAUAUAUUUUCUUUUAUUUCUUCUACUUUUUUGUUUCUUCAUCAUAUUUUUCUUUUUUCUUCUUCUGUGUCUUCCUCAUCUUCUACUUCUCCCUUUUUUUUCUGAUUCUCCUAUUAUUUCUGUUUUAUCUUGUUUCAUUUUCUUGUUGCUGUUACUGUGCUUCUCCUCCUCCGCCUCCCCUUCCUUCUUUUUCUUCUCAGUAUUAUUAUUAUUAUUAUUAUUAUUAUCUUCUAUUUCUUCAUCUUUUUUUUAUUUUCAUUCUUCAUUUUCCCUUUGUUUUUUUCUGCUGCUUCCUUUCUUUGUCUGUUUCUUCCUCUACUUUCUGUUUAUUUUCCUCUUUUCCUUCUUUUUCUAUUGAUAAAAUACUAAACUGA